AUGGGGACUCUGACGCCGACGGCGGUUGCUCCCCAUCGAUUCAGCGACUAUCCUCGCCCGCAGCAUACGAGGGAGAGCAGCUACAACUCCGAUGGCUCUUUUGACCCCCGUCGCUCACUUGUUCCUGGAAUUCGUCGCUACCCUACACGAAAGAUUAAGCUCGUGCACGGCUAUGUCCUGAGCGCGGAGUACCCAGUGCCAAGUGCCAUUCAAAAUGCGGUGCAGAAACAAUACCGAGAGUCGGCGGAGCUUGCCGAGGAAUUCUCCCAGCUCAGAUACACUGCUGCUACUUGCGAUCCUGACGAAUUUGUGAUGCGAAAUGGCUACAACCUCCGCCCGGCCAUGUAUAACCGACACACGGAAUUGCUGAUCGCAAUUACAUGCAAAAGCGAAAAUAAGGUUCUCACAGCACGGACCCUGCACGCAGUGAUGCAGAACAUCCGCGAUAUCACCAAGCUUAAGAAGUCGGAAUUCUGGAAUCAAGGAGGACCAGCUUGGCAGAAGAUUGUGGUCUGCCUAGUCUUCGAUGGAAUUGAUCCUUGCGACAAAAACACCCUUGAUGUAUUGGCGACCAUCGGUGUCUACCAGGACGGCGUCAUGAAGAGAUCGGUGGACCGCAGAGAAACGGUCGCGCACAUAUUCGAAUAUACCACGCAACUUUCCGUCACGCCGAAUCAGGAAUUAGUUCGCCCCGAAGGCGACGAGUCCACGAAUAUCCCACCAGUCCAGAUGAUCCUGUGUCUGAAACAGGAAAGUAGCAACAAGAUCAAUUCGCAUCGCUGGAUCUUCAACGGAUUUUCUCGCAUGUUGAACCCAGAGGUGGUGAUCCUCCUCGACGCGGGUACCAAAGCCUGCAAGGAAUCUUUUCUUGCAUUAUGGCAAUCGUUCUAUAACGACAGAAAUCUCGGCGGAGCCUGCGGCGAGGUGCAUCCCAUCCGGGACAAGAAAAGUCUCCUCAAUCCUUUCGUUGCCGCCCAGAACUUCGACCUGAAGCAAUCAAAUAUUCUUGAAAAGCCUUUGGAAAGCGUCUUCGGACAUGUUUCCCUGGGCGAGUUUUCUGCAUACCGAUAUCGAGCCAUCAUGGGUCGACCACUGGAACGAUAUUUCAAUGGUGAUCUGACACUGUCGACGAAGCUAGGCAAGAAAGGCUUUGAUGGGAUGAACAUCUUCAAGAAAAAUAUGUUCUUUGCCGGCGAUCGCAUUCUGUCCUUUGAAUUAGUGGCCAAGGCCGGUUUCAAAUGGCAUUUAGCCUUUAUCAAGGGGUCGAGAGGGGAGGUCCAAGUACCAACGGAUUUUGCUGAGUUUAUCACUAAGCGGCGUCAGCGGCUUAAUGGCUCACUUGCAGCGAAUCUCUAUGCGUUUAUACAUUUUACUCGGCUGUACAAGAGUGGACAUAGUUUGUUUCACUUAGCACUUCUCCACCUCCAAAUGCUUUACAACUUUGCCAAGUUUGUGUUGAGUUGGUUCUCACUUGCCUCCUUUUUUAUAAUAACCUCGGUCAUAAUGGGUCUUGUGGGAACACCAAACCAAGCCAACAACCAAAAGGCAUGGCCAUUUGGCAGCGAAACCUCACCAAUUGUGAACAACUUCCUCAAAUACAUUUAUGUAGUGCUGUUGAUGCUGCAAUUCAUUCUCUCUCUUGGCAACCGCCCUAAAGGUUCCCGUCUGGCCUACAUCAUUUCAUUUUUAUAUUUCCCUGUCGUUCAGGUAUACACUGCAGUUCUCGCAUUCUAUCUCGUCAGUCAAGCUACGACGAAGAUAGCCUUCAAUUCUGUGUUAUACGAAGAUGCGAUGCAAGCAGCAGUCUGGAACAACCUCGGCUCCAGCAUAAUUUUGAUUACAUUGGUUGCUACCUAUGGAGUGCAUAUUAUCGCCAGCAUUGUCUACAUGGAUCCACUGCACGUACUAACAUCCGCUUGGGCCUACUUUGCAGGAACGACCUGUUCCUCCAAUAUCCUCAUGGUCUAUGCGUUCUGCAAUUGGCACGAUGUCUCAAUUGGCACCAAAGUAGCGAACAAAAGCGAACUCCUGCCCGAGGCUCAGACAAAGAAGGACGAGAAGUCAAAAUUUAUUGAGGAAGUGGAUAGGCCACAAAUCGAUAUUGACACCCUCUUCCAAGCUACCGUCAAGCGAGCCCUGGCAACGUUUGAACCACCAGCAGAGUCAAAUGGAAAAGAUGUCGAUGACCUGUACAAAGCGUUCCGGACGUACCUAGUGUUACUUUGGGUUUUCAGUAACCUGAUCAUGGUCCUUUGCAUCAUGAGCAUAUCAAUCACUCGGUUCUGUCUUUCGGAAAUUCCUAAUGUACGUAUAUGGAAUUACCUUUUGGCCGUGGUAUGGGCGACUGUCGGGAUCUCGCUCUUCCGUUUCGUGGGGGCGCUCUGGUUUUUGGCAAAAACGACUGUUCUAUGCUGUGUUUCGCGACGAUAG